CCUCCCAUUGUUUUCGCCACACAGUUCAUCGGCAUCUUCUCACACUCUAGCUCACAGCUUCGCGGUUUCCACGCACUUGAAAACUCACGUUUCCAAGCCGGAAAACCAUGGCUCGCUUCGCCGUAGUCGCCGCCAUCGUCGCCCUCCUCGCGGUCACGGCCGCCGCGCAGGCCCCGGGAGCGGCCCCCGUCCCGGCGCCCAAGAUGGCCCCGCUGCCCGCUCCCCCGGCGAGGUCCCCGGCCACCGCCCCCGCGCCGGUCGCCACCCCGCCCACCGCCGCGUCGCCGUCCCCCAUGGCGUCUCCACCGGCCCCGCCCACUGACGCCCCCGCCGCCAAUGCCCCCUCCGCCGUCACCCCGUCCGCGGUCACCCCCUCCUCCGUCUCCGCCCCGACCGGCGCCCCCGCUGCCUCCUCCACGUACACCGCCACCGCCAGCUUCGUUGCCGUCGCCGGCGCGGUCGCCGCCGCCAUCGUGUUCUAGAUGGAUGGAUGGAUGAUUUGAUCGACGCGUUGUUUAUACGGCGAGAUUCUUUUUUGUGAUUCUGUUCUAUUUACAGACAGCGAGACACUGAUAUUCAGAUGUUUACACUUGUCAUGUUUGAUGAGAUGAUUAUCGAUGGAAUAUAUUCUUUCAUUUAUUAUUACCAUACAUGGAGUAUUGUGCAAUUUUUUUCCAUUUUCUUAUAUUAUCUGUAUCGCUCACGCGUAAACUAUUACUGCCGAUCUGAUCGGGCCAACCUACAAGAGUGGCUGUCA